AUGGAGCGUGUUGCAGUCAUUGAAAACGUGCCCGCAAACUGCCCCGCUCUCGCGAUCACCUGCUGUUUGGUGCGCAAGAUCGAGAACCUCGAGCACCUUCGGCUGCGAUCGCUGGACUUGUACCGCAAUCUGAUCGCGCGCAUAGAGGGGCUCGAUUCGCAGACGGAGCUCGAGUACCUCGACCUCGCGUUCAACAAGCUGCGCAAGAUCGAAAAUCUCGAACACUGUCGCAAACUGAAGCAACUUUUUUUGAACAGCAAUGAAAUUGCGCGCAUCGAGAAUCUAGACACGCUCACUGCGCUUGAAACGCUCGAGCUGGGGUCCAACCAAAUUCAGACAGUCGAAAACCUCGGCGCGCUGCGCGGGUUGCGAGAGCUGUGGCUCGGACGCAACAGGCUUUCGAGCAUGCAGCUGCGCGCGCAGUUCCCGCAGCUGCGCAUACUUUCGCUGCAGUGCAACCGCAUUGCGAAGUGGGACGCUUCACUGGUGGCGAACUGCCCGAAUCUCGAAGAGCUUUACGUCUCGCAGAACCCGAUCACCGAGCUUCCGGAGUAUCUCGCAGCGCUGAAAUCGCUGCGCCUCCUGGAUGCCUCGGCUUCAAAGGUGAGCGACGUGAGAGGGCUGUCGCACAACUCGAGUAUCGAGGAGCUUUGGCUGAACGACUCGCGCUUAGCGAGCCUCGACGAUGUGAAGGUGCUGCAAACGCUGCCGAAACUGCGAGUGAGGUACGUUCGCGCGGUGCGGGCGCAGCGCAUCAAUGAAAUCGAGUUUGAAAUUUCGCGGACGCAGAAGAACAAGGCGACCGAGUACCACAUUGGUCGGCUGAAGGCGCAGCUCGCCAAGUACCGCUCGCAACUCAUCUCGGAGGCAAACGCGAGCGCCGGCGCGAAGGGCGAAGGGUUUGACGUCCAGCGCUUCGGACACGCGCGGAUCGCGCUGCUCGGGUUUCCGUCGGUGGGCAAGUCUACGAUCUUGAACAGUUUGACGAACACGAAGAGCGAGGUGGCGGGCUAUGAAUUUACGACGCUGACGUGUGUGCCUGGCGUGGUCAAGUUCCGCGACGCGACGCUGCAGCUGCUGGACUUGCCGGGCAUCAUCGAGGGCGCCGCGCAGGGCAAGGGUCGCGGCAAGCAAGUGAUUGCCGUGGCGCGCUCUGCAGACUUGAUUCUGAUGGUACUCGACCCGCUGCGCAAGCUGUGCAACGCGGAAGUGUUGUUCAAAGGCGACUACGACUUAGAGGAUUUGAUCGACACGCUCGAAGGCAACCGCCGCUACGUGAAGUGCCUGUACGUGUACAAUAAGGUUGACAUGCUCUCGCUGGAGCAAAUCAGUCGCUUGGCGACGGACCGCGACGCCGUGUGCAUCAGCUCGAACCGCGGCUGGAACCUGGACUUGUUGCUUGAGCUGAUUUGGGCGCGGCUGCGGCUGGCGCGCGUGUACACGAAGAAAGCAGGCGAGAAGCCAGACUUCGAAGACCCGGUGAUUCUGACGGAGGCGCGCGGCGGUUUCAGCGUGCGCGCGGCGCUGGCGCAGAUCCACACGGGGUUGGUCACCGAGAGCAAGUACGCGCUGGUCUGGGGCGUCUCCGUGAAGCACGUGCCGCAGCAAGUGGGCCUCGACCACCGGCUGGCGGACGAAGACGUGCUGCAAGUAUUCAAGUAG